UCUCAUUCUACAGGGAAGACGAAAACACACUGCAGCUGGAGCAGCACUGAUAUCGACCAUGGCUCCAGCAGCACCUGCAUCUGCGACAAAAUGCAGCAGCGGCAUCGUCAUCUCUGUGCUCUUGCCCCUCGCGCUGCUAAUGGCGGCCGCCGGCACCUCGUCGGCGCAGCUGUCCACGGGCUUCUACUCUUCCUCGUGUCCCGGCGUGUACGACGCCGUCAAGUCGGUGGUGCAGUCCGCCGUCGCCAGCGAGCAGCGCAUGGGCGCCUCCAUCGUCCGCCUCUUCUUCCACGACUGCUUCGUCCAGGGCUGCGACGCGUCGCUGCUGCUGGACGACACGCCUAGCUUCCAGGGAGAGAAGAUGGCCAACCCUAACAACGGCUCCGUGAGGGGAUUCGAGGUCAUCGACGCCGUCAAGUCCGCCGUCGAGAAGGUGUGCCCCGGCGUCGUCUCCUGCGCCGACAUCCUCGCCAUCGCCGCCAGGGACAGCGUCGUCAUCCUGGGUGGUCCGACCUGGGACGUGAAGGUCGGGCGGCGGGACUCCACGACGGCGAGCUUCAGCGGCGCCAACAACAACAUCCCGCCGCCGACGUCGGGCCUCGCCAACCUCACGUCGCUCUUCGCCGCCCAAGGCCUCUCCCAAAAGGACAUGGUCGCGCUCUCCGGAGCUCACACCAUCGGCCAAGCACGCUGCACCAACUUCAGAGCCCACGUGUACAACGACACCAACAUCGACGGCAGCUUCGCAAGAACAAGGCAGUCAGGCUGCCCUAGAUCCUCAGGCUCAUCAGGCGACAACAACCUGGCGCCAUUGGACCUUCAAACCCCGACCGUCUUCGAGAACAACUACUACAAGAACCUUGUCUGCAAGAAGGGGCUCCUGCACUCCGACCAGGAGCUCUUCAAUGGCGGAGCCACCGACGCGCUGGUCCAGUCCUACGCCAGUGGCCAGAGCGAGUUCUUCUCGGACUUUGUGACGGGCAUGGUGAAGAUGGGUGACAUCACUCCGUUAACUGGCUCCGGUGGGCAGAUUAGGAAGAACUGCAGAAGGGUCAAUUAAUUAAUAACCAACUAAUAAGAAGGUCGGCCGGCGGUGCACACUAUCUAACAGGGGGCUUGCUUUCAGUCGUUAAUUAAGUUUGUAAUCUUUCUACUUCGUCCACAAAAUUGUGAGAUCACAUCAUGCAUGUUGUACCAGCCAACCAAGGUGUUGAGACGAUGUUGUUCAUCGUUUGAAUAAGUAAUCCAUCAUUUGUUCUUCUU